AUUUGAAAAAAGUACAUCCGAUAUUCCAGCAUAAAUAAAUAUAAAAGAAUAAUAAAUAUAUAAUUAGGCCUAUAAUUCAUCCAAAUUGGUAUUACAUUUUUUUUCUUCAAAAGAAUGGGCUAAAUGGCUCACACAGACAGAAGAGUUCUCGGUGUUUCUAAACUUCAAAGCAAAUAAUUGUUUACUUUUGGACACCCAUGGAGCGUAAAUAUGAUUAAAAAUAUCCUGUUUCCUAGUGUAAGUAGGAUGUGCUUUUUAUAUAUGGUCAUGCGCUUGUCAUUUUUGUAUUGUAACUUCAGAUAUUAUUAUUAAAAUAAAGUUAAUUUACAUUAUUAUUAUUAACACAUGUCAUUAUUGCUGUUUAAGUUAAAAAAACUUUAAUUUAUGAAAUAAAAAAUUAUUUUUUGACAUGCCUUGGGCUUUGCCUUACUUACUAAGGCUAAGGCCUUACGUGAUUAUACUCAUCAUAGUCAUACGUCAAACUAUUACUAUUAGAUUAAUACUUAUUCUAGGGGACAACUCCUUCAUUGCCAUUUAUUGGCCUUACAUUUACAUCAUCAUACUACGAUCAUACGUACCGUAUAGUAAAUAGUCAUAUUUUUUAAUAGUUAAGUACCUAAAAUGUCGCCCAAAAUGAAAUUAUAGCUUUAACUUCAGAGCUAAAUGUUGAGAUAGGCCCUUACUUAACAAGCAAAAAUAUUGUCAGGAUAGCCAAUUUAUGGCUGUAAGUAGGUCAAUACUAAAGGAAUUAAUUAAAUGUUAAAAUUAAUGAAUCAUUGAAUGAAUGAUUGAAAAUGCAUAUUUGAUAUUUGUUAUCUUUAAUUUUUACAUUUAUCAAUUAAUAAUUUAAAAGAUGGUCACUUGUGUCCAGUGAAAAUCAAUAGUUUUACUUUUAGGUAUGUUUAGUCCUAACUCCUAACCAACAGUAAAUGAUAAAUGAAAAUGUCAACAAGCCUACAUUACUAAGGAAGUAAAUUGACAAAGUUAAAAAUAAAAAUGCAUUAUCAGAAGCAGUAUCAAUCACAAUAUGGUAAAUGCUUGUAUUUUAAUUGGGAAACCAGAUCAGGUAACUUUAAAAAAACAACAUUAUUUUUAAACAAAAUUAUAGUGGGAAAAUAUUCAAAAGUCUCAAUGUAGGCAAAUUAUUAAUAUGAUCAGAUCAGUAUCAGGAUGAUGAUGAUUUCUAUUUCAUUAUUUCUAUUAAAUAAUUAAAUAAUAAAAAUAAAAUAAUUCAAUUUUGUUAUAGUUAUAUUUUAACAUUAUCAUUCAUUUUGCCUAACUCUGUAUAUACUGGACACUUUACUUAACCACGGCCUAAAUAAUGAAGUAUUUUGUACUCUUGUAGGUAGUUUUUAAAAAAAAUUCCAUUUGAUAGAAGAUUGAGAAGUGAGUGAUAAGCUUGCACUUAACUUAAAUUUAGUUAAUGGGGGGUGGGGGGGGGGGGGUCUAAAAUCUGAAGGGUUUUGGAAACUCUGAUCCAGAAAUAAAGCAUUUUCAAGGAUGAGCUUAGAUGCAAAGUUAAUAUUCUAUACCUUAGACAGCUCAUAUUUAUUUUUCUUAUCUCUGUGAUUUUGUUUUAUCUUUAGAUUGUCUAGUAACUGUCACAUGAAGAAUUCGAGAUAAGGAAACUGCUGAUUUUUAAAUAAUGAAAAAAAUAAAAUAAAGUAACAUCUGAUACAGAACCAUUUUUUUUACGUAGCCGGACUUGGGAUUAGUUCUUUUGUUCCAUGACUGCCAGCACUUUAACUUUAAAAAAUUGAACAAGGUAAGGUUUCCAGUAAUUAUUCAUUUUUUGUUAAAAUACUUCGCUAAGCUCUGCUAUUAGUGUUGCUUAUAUUUGUCACUCAGAAAGAAAGUAAAUUUUUUAAAAAAAUGACUGUUAGGUAUGUUUUAUAAGGAGAGUAAAAACAUAUCAAUUCCUUGGCUCCAAAAACCCAUCAAAUUCUUGAAACAUGUGUGUAAGUUUAGCUUUUUAGCCGACACAGAAAGUAGCCAAUAUUCCCAUAUGUACUUUGUUUUGGAACAUGAACUACAACAUAAAGAAAACUAUGUGUCAUUGCAGACACAAUUUUUUCGUUGGUUGGCUAUUCUGUGCUUUAAAGUAGAAGCCUAUGGUUCAGCUAUAAAUAACUGUCUAAAGAUGUCAUCGGAGAUAUCAAAGUUACCAAGUAAAGUAAUAGUCUAAUAUCUUUGUCCAGAACAAUCAUCCAAACUGAAAGUUAUACAAGAAAAUGUUACUAUUUGACUUCCAUUAAUUAUAACUAAGUUUCACUGGUAUUGCAUACUUAGAGAAGUUAUUAAGCUAUUAAUACUAAAAAGGAAAUGAGUAAAACAAAGUAUGGGAAAACCUGAAAAAAAGGAACACAGCAAAACAAUGCAUACUGUGUUACUCAUUUCCUUUUUUGCUAACCUGAUUGCAGCCUCUCCCCCAUAUCAUCAUAAAACUAAAAAGUAGUGUUUCAAUGAAUCGAGAGCAAGCAACCCACUAAUAAAUUGUAACUCAGAAAAAUUAUUUUGGGAAGUUACAGCUUGAUUUAAUAUGACAUCCUGUUCUUCGAGGGGUUGUGCUUACAAUCAAGCAACAAGUGCCAUCCAUAAAUGAUGUCACAUAAAUUUUGCAGAUUUUUUACCGCAACCCCGCCACCCCCCCCCCCCCCNNNNUACCACAAUCAUCACAAAUUGUCACAAAAAAAUUUGACCCCCCCCCCCCCCCCUCAAAUAUAACGUCACAAACAAACAACCUCUGGUUCCCUUCCUCCAUGACAUCCUGUAACUUGGACCUGGCCUACCUCUGAUUCCUCACCUUCGUGACAUCCUGUAACUUGGACCUGGCCUACCUCUGUUUCCCCACCUUCUUGACAUCCUGUAACUUGGACCUGGCAUUCCUCUGAUUCAGUCUGUGAUUUGUAGUUUAAAAAUAAAAUGUUGAAUAAUGUGAAAAGUAUCUGUGUGUUAUUAAUUACAAUUUUUUUUUUAAAGAAUGUGAUGUCACAUUGCUUAACACCCCCACCCCCAUCACACAUCGUCACAAAAAAGUGACCCCCUGCCCUUAGAGACGUGACUUCAUUUAUGGAUGCCCCUCAACCAGUAUCACCAAAUUUUUCAUCAUGGUCUUGUGCCUAGGAAUGAUGCUUUACACAUUCUGUACCAAAGUUUCAACUUUCUUACUUUUUUAGGACAUUGCUGAAUACUUUUAUUAUUUUGUUUGUUUUCAUUUUAAGACAGCGCUGAGGCUUCCACAUCUAAAAUGCUGACCAGCUUAGGCACUUACGCCAGGAACUAUUUUGUGCUUGUCGGGCUACAGUUGACAUUUGUGUACCCAAACUUGGCUCAGGUGCACACAAUUAUUGAUGGGGAGCUGAUAGGAAUGACCAAGUCUGCCGACCCUGCUGAAGUGUGCACGUAAGUUAAUAAAACAAUAUACAUUUACAUGGAUAGCUCUUGCCACAUUGGUCCAGCAAUAGAAUGCACACAGGCGAAAUGGUACAUUGGUCCACCAAUAGGAUGCACACUGGCAAAAUUGCCACAUUUGUCCAGCAAGAGAAUGCACACAGUCGAAAUUGCCACAUUGGUCCAGCAAUAGAAUGCACACUGGCGAAAUUGCCACAUUGGUCCAGCAAUAGAGUGCACACAGGGAAAAUUGCCACAUUGGUCCAGCAAUAGAGUGCACACAGGCGAAAAUGCCACAUUGGUCCAGCAAUGGAGUGCACACAGGCAAAAUUGCCACAUUUGUCCAGCAAUAGAAUGCGCACCGGCAAAAUUGCUACAUUGGUCCAGCAAUAGAAUGCAUACCGGCGAAAUUGCCACAUUUGUCCAGCAAUAGAAUGCACACAGUCGAAAUUGCCACAUAGGUCCAGCAAUAGAGUGCACACCGGUGAAAUUGCCACAUUGGUCCAGCAAUAGAAUGCACCAUUCAUGAGUAAGUGUAAAUAUAGCACACCAUUCAUGAGUAAGUGUAAAUAUAGCACACCAUUCAUGAGUAAGUGUAAAUAUAGCAUACCAUUCAUGAGUAAGUGUAAAUAUAGCACACCAUUCAUGAGUAAGUGUAAAUAUAGCAUACCAUUCAUGAGUAAGUGUAAAUAUAGCACACCAUUCAUGAGUAUGUGUAAAUAUUGCACACCAUUCAUGAGUAAGUGUAAAUAUAGCACACCAUUCAUGAGUAUGUGUAAAUAUAGCACACCAUUCAUGAGUAAGUGUAAAUAUAGCACACCAUUCAUGAGUAUGUGUAAAUAUAGCACACCAUUCAUGAGUAAGUGUAAAUAUAGCACACCAUUCAUGAGUAUGUGUAAAUAUAGCACACAAUUCAUGAGUAUGUGUAAAUAUAGCACACCAUUCAUGAGUAUGUGUAAAUAUAGCCCACCAUUCAUGAGUAUGUGUAAAUAUUGCACACCAUUCAUGAGUAUGUGUAAAUAUUGCACACCAUUCAUGAGUAUGUGUAAAUAUUGCACACCAUUCAUGAGUAUAUGUAAAUAAUGCAAACCAUUCUUCAAUAUGUGUAUGUUUGGCCACCAUUGGCUAUAUUUUAUUAAUAGUGUUAACUUUUUCUGUCACAUUUUAGAGGUUUAAGUUAAAUUUUUUUGUUCUAUGUUUAUUCCUUUAUAUACCAGUGACAAACUGCCUUCAAAGACUGCUGUUUAUUAGUAGAGCAGACCUGUUUACCCUCAAACUCUUAAAAUCAUACAAUAUCAUCAAACAAUCGUUCAAUCCAUUCUCUUGAUAGAAAAAUAAACAUACAGUAGUUAUAAUGUAUACACCUCAAAAUCGUACAUUGUACACCAAAAUCGUAACAGUAAACAGGUCUGGUAGAGCAUAAAAUUUCAUUAUUACUGACAUGAAACCACUGAAAUUUCAGAUUCACUUUAGUUGAAAGUGUGCCAGAAAACCUGACCUACUCUCCCACCGACCCAAGGCUCAUGUCCACUUACGCAGCUCAUAAGAGAUUGUUGGAGAGAGCCAAGAAAAGUAUUCACCUAUCCACCUUCUAUUGGUCAUUGCUUGGAUCAGACACCCCUGUCAGUGACUACAGUGCCUCUCAGGUCAAUACAUUGUAUAGAAAAUUGUAUUUAUCUUGGGGCUGUCCUAUUAAAACCAGUGUUCAGAUUUGAGUUGUGAAAACUUGGUUUAAAGGCUGAUGGCUUUAAAUUGAGAUGAGAUGUGUAUUUCGUACGAAGCAAACUCUUUAAAUGUACGUACCUUUAUAAUACUAAACUCAUCAAGAUCCUUUAUUUGAUUAGGGAAUGGAGUAGCAAUGUGUUUUAUUCCUGAAACUAUGACAUAAAAAGAUGGCUGCCAUUCACUGUUUAUGAAAGUCUGAAAAGCAAGAGGUAAUGAGUUUGAAUUUGUCUGGAGUUAUCCCCAGCUAUUGGCGAACAACCCAAAAGAAUGGAUUGAUUGCCGGAUAGGUGGAUAUUCUUGGAGAGAAUACUUUUUUUUAAUAAUCUUGCAACUGUUUACUCACUGGCAAAGCCAUUUCUCUUAUCAUGGUCAUGAUUAAACCUAAUGCCAUUUCUCUUAACAUGAUCAUGAUUCAACCUAAUGCCCAUUCUCUUAUCAUGGUCAUCAUUAAACCUAAUGCCAUUUCUCUUAACAUGGUCAUGACCUACCGACAAUGCUCUCCAAUGCAUUCACUAAAUAGAAUCCAAAUGUAACAAAUUUAAAAAAAAUUUUUUAUCAUAUCAUCAGGGAGCGGAUAUUUUCCAAACUCUGUUGGCCGUUGUCAAAGCCGGUGUGGUUGAUGUCAAAAUUGUUCAAAACAGCACCUAUAAUGAUACAGAGAAACUGGCCUCGGGUAAUAUUCCAAGUUAAAAAAAAAAAAAAGAAGAAGCUACAAUGAAACCAAAUGUUCAUGUGGAGUAACAUUCAGAAACCAAAAUACUAUGUUACCUUUCACUGCUUAGAUAUGGUUGACACCGUCAUUUUCCUCCGACUCGGUUUCAUUUUAUGACCACAAUCAUCUUGACAUUGUUCCUCUUUAAUCACAGCAUCUUUCUUUAUGUCAUUAGGUAAUUUUCAAAAAAGAUUUUCAAAUAUCAUACAAGUUUUUAUUCUUUCAUUAAAUAAAAUUUCCUUUUUUUUAUUUGGCAGAAAGCUUCAAAAUAUUUUCUUAAAAGUCAAAUCCUACCCAAAAAUCCCUGUCCAUGUUCUUUGCUUCUGUCAGCCAAGCUCAACUCAUUCUUUCAAUGAUCAUCAAGCUGUUAGGAGGCGGCUAGGUCAAACUGUCAGCAUAUUACAAUCUUUUCAGCUGGAGCACAAGUCAGAACCAUAGACUUCCAGAGGCUCUUAAAGUCUGGUGUUAUGCACACCAAGAUGUGGAUCGUUGAUGAUAUGCAUGCUUACUUGGGCAGCUGCAACUUUGAUUGGAGAUCAUACUCACAGGUAGUUAGUAACAUCAAAAUUAAGUUUACAGGAAUCAGCCUUGAGUUUAUAGGAAUCAGCUUUGAGUUUAUAGGAAUCAGCCUUGAGUUUAUAGAAAUCAGCCUUGAGUUUAUAGAAAUCAUCCUUGAGUUUAUAGGGAUGCAAGUAAAACAGAAAUGAAUGAACCAGAUAAUUUUCUAAAUAAAUGUUUUUAAUAAUAUUAAUAUUACAUUCAUUACUGGUAAAUAACUUAUGGUCAAGAAAAUUGUUGUAGUUUUACAAACUUAUUGAAAAGCUCUGAUAAUUUUAUUAGCUUUUUUUGUUUUGCAGAUAAAAGAAACGGGUGUGCUCAUUGAAAAUUGCCCUUCUCUAGUCUCAGAUGCGGCAAAAAUUUUUGAGGCAAGUUACUCGACGUUGUUCUGUCACCAAUGAAAAUGAAGUUGGAACUAAUGUUUCAAAUCUGCCAGAUUCAACACUGCUAUUUUGCAACCGUUUAAUAAUGGCUAAAAAGGUUAAAAAAGUGUGCAAAGUCUGGCUUCAGUAACUGGACAACUGUAAUGGUGACAGUAUACUAUAAUGAUUUUAGCUUUCAGUUAAAAAUAAGGAUUGUUAUUUUAUAGUUCUUUUUAAAUUUAAAUGCAGAGAUUCAUUAUUUCCCUUGUAAGAACACAAAUAGUACAAUUUGCUUACUGUUUAAGGCUUAAAGCGUAUCAACAUUUCUUGGCAGUGGCAUGUCAGCUGGCAGUGGCAUAUCAGCUGGCUGCUGGCAGUGGCAUAUCAGCUGGCUGCUGGCAGUGGCAUAUCAGCUGGCAGUAGGGAGCUUGCCACCGCCAUAGAAUUUUUAGGAACUAAAUCUUUUUUUAAAAAAUUAAAAAAUAAGUCUAAAAAGAAUUAAAAGAUCUCAAAAGAAAUACUUAAAUGUUUCCUGAAUGCCUGCUUCUGAGGACUUUCCCCCACCAGAGGUGGUUAUUAAAGUAAGAGGUAGUCAUGAAAUAUUUAUUAUCAUUAAAAUAAGAGUCAUACCUUUUGUAUUUAGGUUUAUUGGUACCUCUCUGAUGACUCUCGUCCACAAAUUCCCAGUCAGUGGCCUGCAAAUUAUAGCACAGACAUAAAUGCCACAUCGCCACAGACAGUUUAUUAUAACCAAAGCAAGGGGUUAGUCUAUCUAUCAGUGAGUUCAUGUUCUUUGUGUAUGUUCUUCUUGCAAACACAAAAAUGUAAUGAACAACUAGUGUAAAGAACUACAUGUAUUGUAGUAAUGAAUUGUUUGUUUUCAUUGUUUAAUUGAAAUAUGAUCAAUUUUUAAAAAAUUGACUCUUUGUUUAAAAAUCAACAUUGCCGUAUUAGAAAAUGAUAAUGCCAAUAAUUAAUAUAAUAUGAAUUUUUUGAAUACCAAAUACAUUAAUAUUAGUUAAAAAGUUAAAAUCUUUAUAGAGUUCUCCUCCACCGUUCUGCCCUGAUGGUCGAACAAAAGAUCUGGAUGCCAUCGUGAAUGUGAUUCGUGCAGCCAACAAAUUUAUUUACAUUGCUGUCAUGGAUUACCUACCUUUGACUAUUUAUACUCGACCAGAAAAGUAAGGUUUCUAAAGUUUUUUUUUUUUAUUGCAAAUCAUUUGGACAUUCUACCUACCGAUACUUGACUAAUGAAACAAAGUGUUGGACUGCGAUAAAGCUUUCAAAUAGAUUGAUUAGACACCAACACAAAUAGAUUGAUUAGACACCAACACUAAUAGAUUGAUUAGACACCAACACCAAUAGAUUGAUUAGACACAAAGACAAAUAGAUUGAUUAGACACCAACACCAAUAGAUUGAUUAGACACCAACACCAAUAGAUUGAUUAGACACCAACACCAAUAGAUUGAUUAGACACCAACACCAAUAGAUUGAUUAGACACCAACACCAAUAGAUUGAUUAGACACCAACACCAAUAGAUUGAUUAGACACCAACACCAAUAGAUUGAUUAGACACAAAGACAAAUAGAUUGAUUAGACACCAACACCAAUAGAUUGAUUAGACACAAACACCAAUAGAUUGAUUAGACACCAACCCCAAUAGAUUGAUUAGACACCAACAGCAAUAGAUUGAUUAGACACCAAGGCCAAUAGAUUGAUUAGACACCAACACAAAUAGAUUGAUUAAACACCAACACAAAUAGAUUGAUUAGACACCAACACCAAUAGAUUGAUUAGACACCAAGACAAAUAGAUUGAUUAGACACCAAGACCAAUAGAUUGAUUAGACACCAACAGCAAUAGAUUGAUUAGACACCAACACCAAUAGAUUGAUUAGACACCAACACCAAUAGAUUGAUUAGACACCAACAGCAAUAGAUUGAUUAGACACCAAGACCAAUAGAUUGAUUAGACACCAAGACCAAUAGAUUGAUUAGACACCAACAGCAACAGAUUGAUUAGACACCAAGACCAAUAGAUUGAUUAGACACCAACACAAAUAGAUUGAUUAGACACCAACAAAAAUAGAUUGAUUAGACACCAACACCAAUAGAUUGAUUAGACACCAACUGCAAUAGAUUGAUUAGACACCAAGACCAAUAGAUUGAUUAGACACCAACACCAAUAGAUUGAUUAGACACCAAGACCAAUAGAUUGAUUAGACACCAACACCAAUAGAUUGAUUAGACACAAACACCAAUAGAUUGAUUAGACACCAACCCCAAUAGAUUGAUUAGACACCAACAGCAAUAGAUUGAUUAGACACCAAGGCCAAUAGAUUGAUUAGACACCAACACAAAUAGAUUGAUUAAACACCAACACAAAUAGAUUGAUUAGACACCAACACCAAUAGAUUGAUUAGACACCAAGACAAAUAGAUUGAUUAGACACCAAGAACAAUAGAUUGAUUAGACACCAAGACAGAUAGAUUGAUUAGACACCAACACCAAUAGAUUGAUUAGACACCAACACCAAUAGAUUGAUUAGACACCAACAGCAAUAGAUUGAUUAGACACCAAGACCAAUAGAUUGAUUAGACACCAACAGCAACAGAUUGAUUAGACACCAAGACCAAUAGAUUGAUUAGACACCAACACAAAUAGAUUGAUUAGACACCAACAAAAAUAGAUUGAUUAGACACCAACACCAAUAGAUUGAUUAGACACCAACUGCAAUAGAUUGAUUAGACACCAAGACCAAUAGAUUGAUUAGACACCAACAGCAAUAGAUUGAUUAGACACCAAGACCAAUAGAUUGAUUAGACACCAAGACCAAUAGAUUGAUUAGACACCAAGACCAAUAGAUUGAUUAGACACCAAGACAAACAGAUUGAUUAGACACCAAGACCAAUAGAUUGAUUAGACACCAACACCAAUAGAUUGAUUAGACACCAACACCAAUAGAUUGAUUAGACACAAAGACAAAUAGAUUGAUUAGACACCAACACCAAUAGAUUGAUUAGACACAAACACCAAUAGAUUGAUUAGACACCAACCCCAAUAGAUUGAUUAGACACCAACAGCAAUAGAUUGAUUAGACACCAAGGCCAAUAGAUUGAUUAGACACCAACACAAAUAGAUUGAUUAAACACCAACACAAAUAGAUUGAUUAGACACCAACACCAAUAGAUUGAUUAGACACCAAGACAAAUAGAUUGAUUAGACACCAAGACCAAUAGAUUGAUUAGACACCAAGACCAAUAGAUUGAUUGGACACCAACAGCAACAGAUUGAUUAGACACCAAGACCAAUAGAUUGAUUAGACACCAAGACCAAUAGAUUGAUUAGACACCAACAGCAAUAGAUUGAUUAGACACCAAGACCAAUAGAUUGAUUAGACACCAACACCAAUAGAUUGAUUAGACACCAAGACCAAUAGAUUGAUUAGACACCAACACCAAUAGAUUGAUUAGACACCAAGACCAAUAGAUUGAUUAGACACCAAGACCAAUAGAUUGAUUAGACACCAACACCAAUAGAUUGAUUAGACACCAAGACCAAUAGAUUGAUUAGACACCAACACCAAUAGAUUGAUUAGACACCAAGACCAAUAGAUUGAUUAGACACCAAGACCAAUAGAUUGAUUAGACACCAACACCAAUAGAUUGAUUAGACACCAAGACCAAUAGAUUGAUUAGACACCAAGACCAGAUGACUUCCACAUUUUCCUUGAUCCAUCACGGCUGUCAACCAACCAAACCUCCUUGAAUCUGGGCUACAUGUAAAGCUGGUAUUUUGCCUAUCUGGCUGUCAACCAACCAAACCUCCUUGAAGCUGUACCACAUGUAAAGCUGGUAUUUUGUCUAUCUGGCUGUCAACCAACCCAACCUCCUUGAAUCUGUGCUACAUGUAAAGCUGGUAUUUUGUCUAUCUGGCUGUCAACCAACCCAACCUCCUUGAAGCUGUGCUACAUGUAAAGCUGGUCUUUUGUCUAUCUGGCUGUCAACCAACCCAACCUCCUUGAAUCUGUGCUACAUGUAAAGCUGGUAUUUUGUCUAUCUGGCUGUCAACCAACCCAACCUCCUUGAAGCUGUGCUACAUGUAAAGCUGGUAUUUUGUCUAUCUGGCUGUCAACCAACCAAACCUCCUUGAAGCUGUGCUACAUGUAAAGCUGGUAUUUUGUCUAUCUGGCUGUCAACCAACCCAACCUCCUUGAAGCUGUGCUACAUGUAAAGCUGGUAUUUUGUCUAUCUGGCUGUCAACCAACCAAACCUCCUUGAAGCUGUGCUACAUGUAAAGCUGGUAUUUUGUCUAUCUGGCUGUCAACCAACCCAACCUCCUUGAAGCUGUGCUACAUGUAAAGCUGGUAUUUUGUCUAUCUGGCUGUCAACCAACCAAACCUCCUUGAAGCUGUGCUACAUGUAAAGCUGGUAUUUUGUCUAUCUUUUUGUACAAAUGUCCUGAUAUUAAUAAACUUCUGUCACAAAUCCUGUUUAAAUAUUACUUAAGGUAACAGGGAGGGGAUGACAUGACAACUAACUUUAGGUUUAAUUAAUGAUGAAAUACCUCGCUCCUGUUGUUGGCCCAUUUUGUACAAUAAUUAUUUUGCUGAUUUAUUGCAGAUAGCUAUAGCACCUAAUUCUUGACCAUUAAAAUUAACAAGUAUAAAUUAAUACUUUAUCAGUGCUUAUUAUAGCGGCUGAAACUUCCAUAAACUUUUUUUUUUUUUUACGUCUCUGCUGCCAUUCCCAUAAAUUAGUUUGCUGCAUCUUGACUUCAGUGUGAAUAUCAUUUUACUUCUGUCAGUACAGCAGAACUGCCAUGGACAUCUUUCUACUCCUUUAGCCUCAUUUCUCCCUACUCCCUUAGCCUAGGUUCUCUCUACUCCCUUAGCCUCAUUUCUCUCUACUCCCUUAGCCUCAUUUCUCUCUACUCCCUUAGCCUCAUUUCUCUCUACUCCUUUAGCCUCAUUUCUCCCUACUCCCUUAGCCUAGGUUCUCUCUACUCCCUUAGCCUCAUUUCUCUCUACUCCCUUAGCCUAGGUUCUCUCUACUCCCUUAGCCUCAUUUCUCUCUACUCCCUUAGCCUCAUUUCUCUCUACUCCCUUAGCCUCAUUUCUCUCUACUCCCUUAGCCUAGGUUCUCUCUACUCCCUUAGACUAGGUUCUCUCUACUCCUUUAGCCUCAUUUCUCUCUACUCCCUUAGCCUCAUUUCUCUCUACUCCCUUAGCCUAGGUUCUCUCUACUCCCUUAGCCUAGGUUCUCUCUACUCCCUUAGCCUCAUUUCUCUCUACUCUCUUAGCCUCAUUUCUCCCUACUCCCUUAGCCUAGGUUCUCUCUACUCCCUUAGCCUCAUUUCUCUCUACUCCCUUAGCCUCAUUUCUCUCUACUCCCUUAGCCUCAUUUCUCUCUACUCCCUUAGCCCCAUUUCUCUCUACUCCCUUAGCCUAGGUUCUCUCUACUCCCUUAGCCUAGGCACUCUCUACUCCCUUAGCCUCAUUUCUCUCUACUCUCUUAGCCUCAUUUCUCUCUACUCCCUUAGCCUCAUUUCUCUCUACUCCCUUAGCCUCAUUUCUCUCUACUCCCUUAGCCUAGGUUCUCUCUACUCCCUUAGCCUAGGUUCUCUCUACUCCCUUAGCCUCAUUUCUCUCUACUCUCUUAGCCUCAUUUCUCUCUACUCCCUUAGCCUCAUUUCUCUCUACUCCCUUAGCCUCAUUUCUCUCUACUCCCUUAGCCUCAUUUCUCUCUACCUUAGCCUAGGUUCUCUCUACUCCCCUAACCUUUCACUUUCUCAAGUGGUUCACUAGAUUAUAAGCUUGUCUAUGCUAUAACAGCUUUGGCAUCACUUCAUAAUCCUGGCAUCACUUCAUACUCCUGGCAUCACUUCAUACUCCUGGCAUCACUUCAUACUCCUGGCAUCACUUCAUACUCCUUGAAUCACUUCAUACUCCUGGCAUCACUUCAUACUCCUUGAAUCACUUCAUACUCCUGGCAUCACUUCAUUCUCCUUGAAUCACUUCAUACUCCUGCCAUCACUUCAUACUCCUGACUUUUCCAGUGCUUAAAUUUUUGUAAGGCUUGUUUUGCCUUGAACACACACGGUCAUUUAACACAGUGGUUCCCAAACUUUUAAAUUUGGCGGACCGGUGAAAAAGUUUUGAAAUUUUACCAGGGACCGGUGCAUGAUUUAUUUUUAUACUUUUAUUUCUAUUUGACAAUAAAUAUUUAUGUUAUGGGGGCCGGCAGCGUUAGGCAUGCGGACCGGUGAAGGUCCACGAACUGCCAUUUGGGGACCACUGAUCUAACACACACAGUCAUCUAACCCACACGGUCAUCUAACACACAUGGUCAUCUAUCUUGCGAGUAUACAGAACCUACGCAAUUCCUGUCAAUCAAACCUUUUUACCAUACCAUUCACCAUUGCUCAUGCUCAUUGCACAGUAAAAAAUGUUUUGCCUGUAACACACUACACACAGCCUGUAACACACUACACACAUAAUGUAAUACACUACACACAGGAUUGUGUUAUGAGCAACUGUCAAAUUGUUCAGAAUGAUUUUGCUUCUAGUUAUAUUAUUCAUGGUGCAAAGGAAGACUGGAGUUCAAAUCAAUUUUCAUUUGAAUAAAAUUUCUUAUAUAAAUAAACUAAUUGGUCUAGAAGCAUGAAUAAAUACAGAAUUAUUUUACCUCUGUUUUUAUUUAUGCUGCAACUGCAAAGAAAUAUUUAUUUGUGCGGCAUAUUCAUUAAAAUUCAUUCAUAUAAAUUUCAAAAUAACUUCCAAGACAAGUAACUGCCACAAAAAUCUAUAAAUUAUCUGAUUGUAACUGUAACUGUAUAUAGAAAAGAAACACUAAUCAUUUCACGUUUUCAGCAGGGCUUUACAAAUGUAAUAACUUUGUCUGUAUCCAACUUUUGGAUAGAGAAGUUGUCAGUUUAUUAGUAAGAUGCCGUCCCGGACAUCCAUUGGUCCUAAACAAAAAAAAUUUUUAAAAUUCAAUUUGUGAAAUUGUCUAUGUUAAAUUUCUCUUAAUGUGCUAUAAUAAUAGCUUAAAGACUCAGCAACCUUUUUCUGCUAGGCCAUUGAAAUGAGAAAAAAAGAUGCCUUAUGGCCACGUCUGCUGAUGGGUUUCAACCAAGUUAAGGCGCAUGUUACCAUUAGAAGCUGUUUCCUGUUGUCCCAUUAACAGUAGCAGUAGUUCUCAGUGGGAUGGGCAAAUGUUCCAUUGUUCCAUCCAACUACAGAAGUAAAAUAUUCUAUUUUAUAUAAGCAUUAAUGAGUGCAUUAUUUCACAGCAAGAGGGUUGUAACAUUUGUCAUGUAUCCGCAGUUAGAAAUCCUGUCACCAGGUUAUUUCCCUGAGAAUAUUUCACUUAACUCAUGACGCUGUCACCAGUGCAUACGAGAGUUGUUUGGAGUUAAAUCUUGUAGGGAAUGUCCUGUUCUGGUGUGUCAUAAAUUUUUAUUUUAUUUGUUGCCAUAAUAAAAUAAGUACAGAUACUUCCCUUCCUCACAUGUGCCUGUAGAAUACCGGGCCUAUACCUAGUCUUAAGGGCAUGCUGGGAAGUAAAUCACAAACCUUUGCCGCGGGUUGCUGUUCAUGUGAGGAACAUAAAUAAAACUGGGAACUGCUCAUGAAUAUUUUGAAUGAAAAGGACAUUUGAACUCAUUUCAUUUUGUGCUUUUUCUCUUGUACAUGCGUUUUGUAUGAAAGAAAUUUGGAAAAAUUCACCAAAAUUACAUUUUUCACAUAAGCACAGUACAUAUUAUAACUUAACAUUUUCUAAUAGGACAUUCCUUUUAACUUAUAGUAUCUCAAACUUGAUGUGAUGAAAGAUAGAAAAAAAUACUGAGUACGUUUAUUGGGAUGGGUUUGAAUGCAACAGUGGAGAAGUAAAAUUUUAUUCAACGUGUAAAGGUCAAGGUCAACUUACAUGAUAUAAAACAAAUUGUUUUUCAUACCAUGUGAUUCCUUGUCCAAUUUACUUUCAGAAAUGUACACUUGGUAAGGGACCCAGAAAUAAAUUUUGUAUAGGACAUAGUUAUUUUGGACAAGCAUAUUGAAAUACUAAAAACAGCUUGACGUCACAGAGCAGAUGCCCUUGACAUUAAUUUAUAGGGUUAAUGUCAGGUAUGGUCUUAACCACAACCAGGCAACCUUCAUUUAUCGUGAAGACGUGUCAAUUGUUUGAAAUUUAUUUUAUACUCUCCUUCACGUUUCAGAGAGUUGUCCCAACUGUAAAUCUGAACAUUUCCCCAUGUACUCUUUUGGUAUCAGGUUCUGGCCGUUCAUCGACGAUGAGCUGAGACGAGCAGCUUUUGAGCGACAUGUCAGCGUCUAUCUCAUGGCCAGUAGAUGGGACCACACAAAGUAUGAGAUGUACCCAUUCCUGAGGUCGCUCAAUAGUCUUAAAGGCCAAAUGGAUGUACAAGUGGUAAUUUAAAAUUUAAAAAAAAUUUUUUUUUUGGUAGCGUAGGAAAUGAUGUUUUUUUUUUUUUGGUAGUGUAGGAAAUAAUAUGUAUGUAAACUAAGGUGUAAUUGUAAUGGUAAACUACGGUAUAAUGGUAAACUAAGGUGUAAUGGUAAACAAAGGUGUAAUGGUAAACUAAGGUGUAAUGGUUGUUCAUAAUAAAUAUCAUGAAAAGCUAGAGGAAGUUUGCUUCUGAAUGGGAUUAGAAGCACUUGCCUUGUAUCAUAGAGCUUAUGACAUUUGUACUUGCCUUGUAUCCUAGUGCUCAUCUCAUGACAUGUGUACUUGCCUUGUAUCAUAGUCCUCAUGACAUUUAAUUUUUUUUUUUAGAAACCUCUUGUUUGUGACAUUUAUGUUAAGUGUGAUGGUAAUGACAGACUUCCUUUUUCAUUAAGAAACUGUUCACUGUGCCGAGCACACCAGAAGAAAAGCGGAUCCCUUAUGCACGUGUCAGUCACAGCAAGUACAUGGUUACAGACCAACAUGCUUACAUAGGUAAUUAUAAUUACUUCUGUUUUCAAAUAAAGCCAUGAUGAACAGACAACAUCAGUGAUGUUGAGACAACAUCAGUGAUGAAUUAGGUGAUGUUAACUGUAACAGAUUACUUCAGAGAUUUCAUGAAAAGAAUUUUAUGGUUUUAUGGAUGAGAGCCUCCACAUAAAAUAAUUGCAGAUUUGAUGGUGAUUUUAUUUAAUCUAACGAUGCUUACACUUUUAGCCAUUUUAAGUUAUCCUAAAUUCUGGUUCCUGUUCAUACAUAAGUUGCUCCCCCUAGUUUAGGACGGGAAGAAGCAUGAAAAGUGUAUGAAGCGCUCAUGAUCCGAUCUCAUAAUUUAAUAGGCCAGUUUGGCCAAUUCUGUACUGAAAAAAUUUCAGAAAUGUGUAGCUUUCAUGCGUUGCAAUCAGCUUUUAUUAUUCAGUUAUUAUUAUUACAUCAAGGGGAUAGUACACCAUCCACUCCCGGUUUUACCAAUAAUUAAAGCUUCUGGUAACAAGUUUGAAUCUUGUAGAGAGUUGGGUUGACUAGGAUCUUGGCCAACUUCAGUAACAAUUUCGUUAUAUAAUGUACUUGGAGAAAAUUAUAAAAAUCUCAUCACCCCACUUAUAAGCUGACCACAUCAUUUGACCCUCUUGUGCUGAUCAACCGACUGACUUAUUGCCUUGACAUAUUUUCUUUUAAGUCGGCUUUAGAACAAAUAUAAUCUAAUAAUUGAUACCGGUAUUAUUUGUAGAGAUUUAUUCAAUCCUGAUUACGUUAUUAUUAUUUAGUACCAAGCUCCCAUAUGGGAAAUGUAAAAAUCACAGCGAAAUUUUUAGGGGGGGGGGGGGGGGGCUUGCACAUCACUUAAUUUUUUAUACUCUCAGGCACGUCCAACUGGUCUGGAGACUAUUUUAUAAGUACUGCUGGAGUUGGCUUUGUCCUGCAAGAGCCAGAUGACGGUCUUCAAAACAGCAACACUUUGAGAGAGCAACUGACAGCCGUCUUCCUCAGAGACUGGCACUCUAAUUACACUGAAUACGUCCGCAGCAAUUAACAGUAGCAGUGACAUGUAUUCAUGUAUUACUAACUUUACCUCAUAUAAGUAAUUAUAAGUUUAAUGUUUAUCAUUCAUUGGUUUAACAUAUAAUAAAGAAAAAAAAAGGAAAUCUUCUUUCAUUUCAAAUGUAUUAUUAUUCCAUUCAAAAGUGUGUCAGUCAAACUGAUCAACAUAUGAACUUGAAAAAAUGGUGUAUAAAUAUAGAAUAUGAAAUGUAACAUCCUUAGAUUCAUUUUUAUAAGUUCACAUUACGUGUGCCGGUACUUGCACUUAAAUUUUUGUUUACAAAAAAAAACAAAAAAUGUAUGAAUUUUGUGUGAAGAAAAAAUUAACUAAACAUUUCAAUUCAGCUUAGGAAACAACUGUUAAAAAACAACAACACAGUAGCAUAUCAUAUUGAUUAUCAAUUGACAAAAAGAUCUGCUCCUCUUACAUUCACUAUGCAAUCCACACUAACGUAUUGAGUGACAUUAUAUUUUAUCAGCUCCUCUUGCAUUCACUGCAAAAAUCAUGAUGUCCCACCCACAUCACAGCAGUGUUAACAAAUUGUGCCUUCUUUUCAUGAUUACAAUGUCCAACUUUUCUAAAAAAUUAUCAUUAUGUUUGUCUUCAUUUAAGGAAGAAAAAAAAUGAAAUCUCACAGUUUUUCUAUGCCGUCGGAAUCUGGACAAAUACUUUUUGAAAACUUUUAUGACUGAAAUUCAUGUUGUUUUUAGCUUCAUCAAGUUGAGUAGAAAAUUAAUUAAGAGACAUACAGUGUCAAAGGGAUAUAAUUACUGCUCAAACAAUAUUUCCCAAUGUUUGUUCAUAUGCCUCAUAAUCAGAAAGUAAUGUGUUUAAAUGUAACUCUAGCCAUAAAUAAGCAAAUGGCUCGAUUGGAAUGAAAUCAUCUGACCAACUAUUGAACUAUACUUGGGGAAGAGGAAAACCUAGAUUUGAAAAAAAAAAUGGAGGACUAGAACCAGCUUAUUGGGUCUGGACAAACUCUCCUUACACAAGGGUUUGAAAAUUGAAUGGGUAAAAUAAAAGCUUGUUUACAGUACAGCAUUUUAUUUUCCUGUGUUUUUUAACAAGGGUCAUUCAAAAUGUAUCGGUAUCUAAUUUCUGCUUGAAUAAAAGAUGCUUUAAAAUUAAAAUAUUUUUUAUAACAAUCACUUUUAAACAGUCUUUCACCACAAUCAAUAAACAUUGAGACUUGUAAUCUAUAUCGAAAGGCACUUGACAAGCUAGGAUUAAAAAAUAAUUAUACUAUACACCUACAGAAAAUUUCAAUUUAGUGCAUAAGAAUAAUAAGUAUUACCGGUAGCAAACUGCAAGGCUAUUUUAUUUCAGUUGAGCAUUAAAUUAAACAUAAUCAUGUAAGUAGUAAAGAAGUAGAAGUCAUAUCAAAUUUAUUAUUUUUAACUACCAGUAUUUAAUUAGAGGCGGGAUGACCCAUUCAAAUGGCUUUACCGGCGUGUCAAAUCUUCUAAGCCGCAAGUCAUUACUCCUAUCAAAUAAACACUAAAUAAACCAAGUACAAUUUAUUUAUUUUUAUUCUUAAUGACUUUAUGCACAUUAUUCUCAAAUGAAAACACUUCUACACGUGCCACCACACACAUAAAUAAACAGUAUAGAUUUUAAUGUACCGGUAAAUAUAACUCUAAUAUAUAUAUAUAUUUAUAUUAAUAUAUAUUUAUUAUUAUAGACUGAAACAUGUUGGUCAAAAUAUGUGAGACGUGGGUGGGGGAGCAGAAAUCUAGGACGCCAACCGAAGGCUCCCCAGCGAAAGACGAGAGGUUAGGGAUGGGGCUAACCCCCACCCAAGAAUAUUUUAUUAGAAAUUCAAAAUGCAAUGAUGCAUUUUAUGGCAUACCGGUACCUGAAGUUAGUUUUGCAUCAUUCCUUUAAUUGGAGAGCAAAAGAAUAAAUUUUAGUGUAAAUAAGAGUGCCCAUGGACCUGGUUGGUUUGUACCGCAGUAGGUACGGCAGUAAAUAUUAAUUUUUUUAUAACUUUUCUUUGAGAUUACGGCACUAGUUUGAAUUUAUUUUAUUUUUUAAAUCAGAUAAAAAAUAAGGGCUGGUAUGCCUUACAAGCACGUACCAUCACAAAAAAAAAGCGCAAGCAGAACAAAGAAACACGUUCAUUUUAAAACAUUUAUAUGCCACAUGCAGACCGCCGCUUAGUGACCCCUCAAUUAGAAUUAGUCUCAUUUAUUUCACCCAACUGCAUAUUUCAGCAAAAGUGUAAUUUGUUUGCUAUCGUUUAACCACUGUUAUUGUCACACCAUCUCUAAAAAUAAAAUUUUUAAAAACUUAAAACUAAUAUGACAACUUUAUGCAUAAUAAUACACUCAAGUUCAAGUCAGACACUUCCAUCAGAACCCUAAAUUUGAAAUUAACAUUUAUGUUCUCUGCCCUAGGUUUUCAUUCCGUCCAAGAACAGUUUUUGGUAUAUCUUUUUUAGAUUUUAAGGAUACAACAAGGGUAGGAUCAACUAAAUCAGACUCCUUCAAUGUUCGUUCAUCUCUUUCUUCUUGUAUACUUUUAUCUUUAAAAGGGCUAUUUUUGUCUUUGCGGAUUGUCCAUUCCAAAUUAUAACCAAUAAAUCCCACUAUAGCAGCAACAGGAAGGGUGAUAUAUGGUGCAUAUACUCGAGCAGCAUUGAAGAUAAGGUUCCACAUUUUUUUAGUUACCGGAUUUGAUCAAAGUUUAUCAAAAACUUAAAUAAGAAUCCAAAGAAAUGAUCUCGAGGACAAUGACAUGG